CUGCUCCGGAAGUGCUUCGGGAGACCCCGCUGUGCUGCUGGACCGGCUGCGAGGGGCGCUAUGGCCGCGACGCGGAGCUCCGCGGGGAUGAAGGCGAAGGCUUCCGACGAAGGAGAUGCCCCUCCUGCUAAGAAGGCCCCCAUUUUCUACGGGAGCCUGGAGGAGAAGGAGCGCGAACGCAUCCUGAAGGGGGAGUCGGGGAUGAUGGGCAAAGAUGCCGUCAAAGCAGCCAUUGAGGCCGGCAACAUCAACAUCUCCACCGGUGAAGUUUUUGACCUGGAAGACCACAUCAGUGAACGUCAGGCAGAAGUACUGGCUGAAUUUGAGCGCCGGAAACGAGCCAGGCAAAUCAACGUUUCCACCGAUGACUCUGAAGUCAAGGCCUGCUUACGAGCGCUUGGAGAACCUAUCACGCUUUUUGGAGAAGGCCCUGCAGAAAGGAGGGAGAGGCUACGUAAUAUCCUCUCGGUAGUUGGCCCUGAUGCCUUGAAGAAAACCAAGAAAGACGAUGAAAAAUCCAAGAAGGCAAAAGAAGAGUAUCAGCAGACUUGGUACCACGAAGGGCCGAGUACCCUGAAGACAGCCAGACUCUGGAUUGCAAACUACUCUCUUCCUCGGGCGGUGAAGCGACUGGACGAAGCUCGCUUGUUCAAGGAGGUCCCCGAGGCCACACGGACAUCCCAGAAACAAGAGCUUCACAAAUCUUUGAGGUCUCUGAAUAACUUCUGCAGCCAAAUCGGGGAUGACCGUCCCAUCUCUUACUGCCAUUUUAGUUCCAACUCCAAGCUCCUGGCCACAGCCUGCUGGAGCGGCCUCUGCAAGUUAUGGUCGGUGCCAGACUGCAAACUCAUCCUCACUUUGCGAGGGCAUAAUACGAACGUCGGGGCAAUCGUCUUCCACCCCAAAGCAACCAUCUCAUUAGACAAGAAGGAUGUAAAUCUGGCAUCCUGCGCAGCCGAUGGCUCUGUCAAGCUCUGGAGUCUAGAAAGUGAUGAACCAGUGGCUGAUAUAGAAGGCCAUACUGUGAGAGUGGCCCGGGUGGCGUGGCAUCCUUCUGGCAGAUUCCUGGGCACAACAUGCUACGACCACUCCUGGCGUCUGUGGGACCUCGAAGCCCAGGAAGAGAUUCUCCACCAGGAGGGCCACAGCAAAGGGGUCUACGACAUGGCCUUCCACGUUGACGGCUCCCUCGCUGGCACCGGCGGCCUUGAUGCAUUUGGCCGUGUAUGGGACCUGCGCACCGGGCGCUGUAUCAUGUUCCUGGAAGGUCAUCUCAAAGAGAUCUACGGGGUCAACUUUUCCCCCAAUGGGUACCACAUUGCUACCGGCAGUGGAGACAACACCUGUAAAGUUUGGGAUCUUCGCCAGAGGAGGUGCAUUUACACCAUCCCUGCCCAUCAGAACCUGGUGACUGGAGUGAAGUUUGAACCGAAUCACGGCAACUUCCUGCUGACCGGGGCCUACGACAACACCGCCAAGGUCUGGACCCACCCUGGCUGGUCCCCCCUGAAGACCUUGGCGGGACACGAGGGCAAAGUCAUGGGCUUGGACAUCUCCCUGGACGGGCAGCUGAUUGCCACCUGCUCUUACGACCGGACCUUCAAGCUUUGGAUGGCGGAGUAAGCGAGGCCUUUCCACCAGCGGGGUCUUCCCGGCUCCUGUAGCAAAGGAAGACGCCUGCUGGGGGGACCCAGGUUUGUUGGGGAAAUCCGACGGCAGCUGGCGCGCAGAGCCCGGAGACGGCCCUUCCUCUGGGCUGGCUGCUGUUCUCUGAGGAACCUUUCAUUUGAGAAUCUCUUUAUUUUUUUAUACUCCUCCUUCCCUUUCUGGUGGACUCCAGAUUCUCGCAAUUGUUGAAAAACACACACAGCCCAUCGGCCUGGGUGAUAAAGGUUGGCUACACUGCUUGUACUGAUCCUGGACCCACACCCUCCUGGGUGACCUAGGGGUCCCCUGCAAAUAGGGGUCUUUAGGAAUGGGGUCAGAGUUCCUUUUCUCUGUUGGGCAGAGACUUUUUUAAAAAAAAAAAAUCGUAUUAAAGCAAAAUGGCUGCUUCCA